AUUUGGUGAAUAGCGUGUCGACUGUGUGCUUCAAAUUUCAUAUAUAAACAGUAAGUGAAGUUAAUUUUAUGAUGACUUGUACUCAUUCGUUUUUGGCCUUCGUGAAAUAUUUCAUAGACAUCGAAGAAGCGUUAUAGGCCGGUAAUUACGCGCCUCACUUAAGCGUGGUGUACACUUUUGCAACUCAAGAGAGUUAUAGAUCUCAGUUAAAUUAAAAUUUUGUCAUGGAAUUUAUUACCAGUAUUUUACUGGCCAAUUAUUAAAAAAGUGAAAACUUGACUUAGAAAACUCCAUUAAAAGUGUGGAAGAUUUGGCGCAUGCGCUCUACCGUCUUCGCACAUUACAGCAUUGUCAUCUAAAAGUUUACAAAAUUUUUUUUAAGGACAGAAUAUAUAAAAGUUUUUGUUCGUAAAGUUCUUGUCCAGGUUCUUGUCAUAGCCCACUUGGGCAAUUCUGAUUUCGUUUCAGUGAGUAUGGAUCGCUUAGAAAGUUUUAAACAAGCAAUUCGCGCAACACUUACUUCGGCUAAACACGGACAGACUUUACCAGAGUUAAGGAAGAGUUUUCUUGAAUUGGGGAUUAGGCCUAACCCAUUCGAAGAGAUGAAGAUUAGUGAAGUCGACUUCUUCACAAAGUACCCCGAUGUAGGUCGGAUGGAAGUCCACAACGGUAUACACGUGUUUUUUGCUAUUCCAACGGCUCAAGACAAGCAUAUCCAUAAAAUGGUGCAACAACAGAAGAGGGGAAAACUUAAAAGUCUAACUAAGCGAAUUGAAACUGCGAAAAGACUUGAUACCAGAGGGAAUUUUCGACCAGUUGUGAAUUGUAGUAUGCGAAAUAGAAGAUUUGCUUCAAACCGAGGUGGAUCUCUUUCAAGAUCUAGCAUGCCAUCCAGAAUGGCACUGAAUGAAAUUAGAAACAGAACAAGCCAGCAAAAGUUGAUGCCAAGCAGAAGCUUUCCUCCCAAUACUAGAAGUGGCACUUUUACGAGCUCAAUAGGAUCUAGGGAGAACACCAGCUCGACUGCGUCAUACAGUUUAGCAAGAGGAAAUACAACUACGUCAGCGUGUGUCAGAAGGUCUGAUGUGGCUUUAGAUAUGGCCAGAAAUAAAAAUAAUUCAAGUCAAGAUAGCGAAAUUUCAUCAAGAAGUAGCUGUACUUCUUCAACAUCAAGACUAAGGGCUAUCAUGAACGAUCCCUUUCGUAAUAAACCGACCGUAGCAACCCGAAGAGAAGGUUCCCCGGUAUUUAAUUCUGGAUGUGCUAGUCGUUCAAGUGAAAGUCAUUACAAUAGCCCCUCAGAAAAUUUUUCUCGCGGUGUGCAAGCCAGAGGAACAGCUAUUUCCGAUAGGGAGAAUAGGAAUCCUUAUAAUAUGAAAGAUGAUGAACGGGAUAUAAACCUCAGAAGAAAUCUCGGUACUCCAGCACCUAAGAAAUGUACGGUGAUAGUUAAUCCCGAUGCAUCAAGUAAGACUCUAGAAUCUGAAAGUACUGGGAAGCGCAGUGCGACUUUAUCAAGAAUUCAACCUGCUCGAAUCGAAUUUGAACCCAAGUCCGAUUCAUCGAGACGAAAGCUAAAUUCUUUGGAGAAUUGUAUUUCUGCUGAUUCAGAAAGCAAUAAAUCGGUUGAAGUAAAACCACUGACUACGAGUUCUUUUCCUAGAAGACUAUCAUGUGAAAAUAACAUCUCUCAGGUUAAUAAAUCCUCAGAAAAUUCUACACCAAAACGAGGUAUUCCUUUUGAACGAAUACGAAAAUCCAUCGAAAACCUUGAUCUCUCUGAUAACAACAAAGUUAAUUCUAUAGUUGUUAAUCGAGUUAACCAGGAUGAACAUUUAGAGAAAAGAAACGAUACCAGCAUUUUGGAUACUAAGAAACAAGAUCUGGAUGUUUUGGGUGAUAACCUUCGUCAAUUAGCCCUUCGGAAUAGAAAGAAUGAAUCCGACAAAUCGAGGGAGGUUUCUCUUGAUAAUAUCAAGGACAUCACGGACCCACUUUGCUUGCCAGCAAUAGAUACCCCAAAGGAAGCCUCAAUUUCAGCAUGCAGGAGAAUGAUUACAAACCAUCUGGCUUUGAAUAAAAGAAAAGUCAUUUCAUCUUUAAAAUCGGAAAAGAAUGAAGAGACAGACACAGUUGUAACUUCCAAGAAAAUCGUACCUAGUGGAACACCUAUAAAUAAGGGACCAUCACAAUUGGAACGCAAUAUUAUGAACGCAAAAUUGAACGAAAAUAGAGCACUAGGAAAGAACCAUGUUUUGAAUGAAUUUUUCAUUUGUGGUAUACCACUUGGUACAACUGAACUGGAGUUGAGAACUUCUCUCUAUGAUUAUGGGUUUAUAGAGAAAAUGACUUUGAAAAUGGGCUAUGCUUUUGUGACAUUUUCCUCAGCCGAAGAAGUAAGAGCUAUUUUGAAAACACGAUAUAUAGAUCUCAAAGGGACAAGAAUUGAAUGUAAAGAAAUGCAAACAAGAGAUAAGUUGCAUCAUGCAGUAGACAAAUCUGAACCUUUAUAUGAUGAAUUCUUAGUGUAUGUUAAAAGCGUACCAGCUUUCUGGUCGGAUGAAAAGCUAAAGGAUGUAUUUUCGUCUUUUGGUAAUGUAACUAAUGUCGCUAAUUCCAGAAAAGGUUAUGGCUUUGUCUACUACGAUAAUAAGGAUAUUGCAGCUGCUGUUGUUAAACAAGGGACUUUGCUAGUGCAAAACGUUUUGUUGAUGUUAGAAAAAGGAAGACGUCUUUAAUAAACUUUGAACUUUUUGAUAAUGUUAAUGUCUGAUAGUCUGGUAACUUUACUUAGUUGAAGACCAGACAGUUCCUGUACAGAAGAGCAAAAUAAUUUUAUACAUUCCAUUUUAACAUUUAGUGAUCGGAAUAUUUAAUCAUUUUCAAUUGGUAAUUUGCAGCUUUCAUUUCACAAGCUCAGUUUAUUUAAUGCUAAAAGAUUAAUCUGGAACUCACGUAUAUCAUUAUAUUUUACUUAAAUGUUGAAUAUGAUUUAAUAUUCUAUCGUGUAUACUAACUCAGUUAUAUACUACAAGGUUAUUUUUGUAACAUGAAAUAAGGAGACUCGUCACUUCUCUUAAUAUUUUCGUCAUAGUCGUCUACUGCUUUUUCACUACUUCCUGGACGAAUUUCGGAUGUUUCUGAAUUUUUUCUUCUUACAUAUGCAGUAGAACUAAAAUGCCUUAUCUUUGCCUUUGUUUUACCGCAACUAAAGGACAAUCCGUGAAAGAACGUGUACAAAGCGAGUAAUAUUGCAACUAGUAAGAAUAUAAAUUUAAGAGGAUAAAACGGAUCUGUAACGUCAACUUGAACAGAAGUUCCUUUAAAACGUUCAGUUACGUUCUCUUGAACGUCAUCCAUCUUUGGAGAUAUAAAGAAUAUGUUGAUGAUAAACCCAAAAACACAGAGCAGAACUUAUAUUAGAGGAUACUGUAACUCAUAGCAUAUUUACAGCGAAGUAAACAAGACGUUUUAUUAUAUAAAGUGCAGGCAAAGCUCUCCUAUCUUGUCCCUCAAAUCAUUUUACGGAUAUUCACCUCUACUUGAGAAUACAAGCCAACCUCUCGAUCGAUUUUAGAUUAUUUAUUGGGUUGUUAAUUUCUAGGCUUAUGUAUUAUAUUUUAACGGUAGUUUUUAAAGUAAGAACCAAAUUUUCGCGUCGUCUACAAUUGUUCAUUUAAAAGAAUAAAGAAAAAACGAAAGAAAGAGAAAAUAGACUUGGUUUGGUUUAGUUAAUUAAAUUGGAUUAUUAACUUGAAUAUCUUUUCUCGCUAGUCUAAUAGAUAUUAACACUGAAUCAUUUUAUAAAUGUUUUAAGGGUGCAGUCAGAUAGUCCUCUGAUCUAUUUAGACUGUUAUGUCUCUUUUAUGGGCAAUCUGUCACUCCAUCCUAA